AUGUGCGCCCCGUUUCAGACCAAGUACAAGGUCCUGGAAAAGAUCGGCGAGGGAUCUUUCUCGGAAGUGCUGAAAUGUCAGGACCGACAGACCGGCGUACUGUACGCCGCCAAGCGUCUCAAGAAGACGUACCAAAAAGUAGAAGAGAUUUUGGAGAGCCCCGAAGUGAUGGCGAUGCGAAAAAUCAGCCGCCACCCUAACGUACUCCACAUGGUUGAGUCACACUACGAUACGGACGGACGCGUGACUCUUAUUUUCGAGCUGAUGGACAUGAGUUUGUACGACCUGAUGAGAAAUCGGAUGGGGCGUCCGAUCACGGAGAUGCGCGUGAGGAGCUACGUUUACCAGCUGCUCAAGGGGCUGGAGCACUUGCACAAGCACGGGCUCUUCCACCGGGACAUCAAACCGGAAAACGUAUUGCUGAAGGGUAGAUCGGUGAAAAUCGGGGAUCUCGGCUCGGUGCGCGACGUGUACAGCCGGCCUCCGUACACCGAGUACAUAUCGACGCGCUGGUACCGAUCUCCCGAGUGUCUCCUCACGGGUGGCUACUACGGCUCCAAAAUGGACGUGUGGGCCGCCGGCUGCGUCUUUUACGAGCUCCUUACACUGGAGCCGCUGUUCCCCGGUGAGAACGAGGUCGACCAGAUAACCAAAAUACACGGGAUCCUGGGGACACCGCACGCCCGGCUGAUCGCCAAAAUCCGACGGCUUAGGACGCGCAGUGCCGAUUUUUACUUUCCCGCGAAGGAGGGCCGUGGCUUGUCUCGUCUGCUGCCCGGGAUGUCGAGCGCCGGUCUCGAGGUGCUCGAGCGCAUGCUCGUCUACGAUCCGGAGAACCGGUCGCCCGCCAAGAGACUCUUGGAUCACCGAUACUUUGCCGAUCUCAGAGAAAGAGAGACCGCGAGGCAAACGAGAAGCUCCGUGUUGCCAAACAACCACUACAACGAUCCCCGGCAGAUGGUCCUCGCGUACUUUGCGUCCGAUCGGCAGCGGCGACUGAGGCCGUUGAACACGUGCCAGUCGCAGAUACGUUACAGACAGGUGCCGAACGGUUUGCCGAUCGUGCCAAGUUGCGCGUCCGUCGACGCCAAGUGCUACGAUGAUUUUAGAAACGGCAAAUGCGUCCGAAAACGCCAGAGUCUUCAGAACAACGUGCGCAAAAAGUGGUACGACCAGGGUGCCGGGGAGUACACGAACGUGAGAUACGCAGAGAAGAAGGUGAACGUGAAGCCCUACGCGGUGCAGGAGCGCCGGAGUUUUCACUCGAAGGAUGGUAAAACCGAUCGGGAGGAAAAAUCGGUUUCCACCUGGUGA